CAACAAUACCGGUCGACCACCGACUUCACUCCAACUCACUCGGAUCCCAACCACGCCCCGGGGAGGCAGGGCAGGCGCAGCAUCAAUACGCGUGAAGCUCGUCAGGUGUCCCAGCUUCCACCAUGGAAGCAGCAACGAGUCGCUGAAGGAAGGAGAGAGCCAUGAAGUUCGGAAAGAGCAUCUGCGUGCUGAACGUCGGGGGGACCCGCUACGCCUUCACCCGCGACGUGAUCCGGGAUUUCCCCCUGAGUCGCGUCAGCCGCCUCCAUGCGUGCGCCACCGAGAAGGAAGUCCUGGAGCUGUGCGACGACUACGACCGCGAGCGCAACGAGUUUUUCUUCGACCGCCACGCGCAGGCUUUCGUCUUCAUCAUGCUCUACGUGCGCUCCGGUAAACUGCGCUUCGUCCCCGGCGUGUGCGAGCUCUCCUUCUACACCGAGAUGCUCUACUGGGGACUGGAGAGCGCGCACUUGGACUCCUGCUGCCAGAAGCGUCUGGACGAGCGGCUGUCCGAAGUCGGGCUCUCCGAGGUCGGACUCUCCCAGCAUGGGGACACAAUGGAGGAGCCCCAGAGUCCAGGGGGAGACCCGGUGGAGGCGAUGGAGCUCACCUGGCGCGCCAAGUGGAUGGAGAGGGCGCGUCGCGCGUUCGAGGAGCCCAACUCGUCGCUCGGGGCGCAGGUGCUGGCCACCGUGUCCGUCGUCUUUGUCAUCGUCUCCAUGGUCAUGCUGUGCGCCAGUACACUGCCCGAUUGGGACACUGCCAAGAGGAACACCGUGGAGGAGCACAGGAUCGUGGAGGCCGUCUGCAUCGGCUGGUUCACGGCCGAGUGCCUCCUGCGCUUCUUGGUGGCCCGGGACAAGUGGGACUUCCUCCGGCGGCCGCUCAACAUCAUCGACGUGGUGGCCAUCACGCCCUACUACGUCACCAUGGCGAUGGCCCGGGCUGGGAUGCCGGGCGCCGGGCUGGGGGUGGCUGGCGUGUUCCUGCGCGUGCUGCGCAUGAUGCGAGUCUUCUGGCUCAUGAAGCUGGCCCGCCACUUCCUGGGUCUGCAGACGCUGGGGCUGACGCUGCGCCGCUGCUACCGGGAGAUGGUGAUGCUGAUGGUGUUUGUGUGCGUCGCCAUGGCCAUCUACAGCGCCCUGGCACAGCUGCUGGAGCACGGCUUGGAUUUGGGGGUCCGCAACCAGGACUACGCCAGCAUCCCCGCCGCCGCCUGGUGGGUCAUCAUCUCCAUGACAACGGUGGGCUACGGGGACGUGUACCCCAUCACCAUCGGGGGGCGGGUGCUCGGGGGGAUGUGCGUGGUGAGCGGCAUCGUCCUCCUGGCGCUACCCAUCACCUUCAUCUAUCACAGUUUUGUGCAGUGCUACCAGGAACUCAGACUACGCUCGGCCAGGUACGCUCGCAGCCUCUCCGUGGAAAUGCUGCAGUGAACAUUUCACGGAUGCCCGAUUCAUUAGAAAUCAACCGGAUGAACGUUCACGGCAUGCCAGACAAAUGCACGUUUACAAAUGAGGCCUCCUGCAACUAAUCACACACACAAGGACACAGGUUGUACUUUGGGCCCUGAAACAGUCAUUUAGGUUGGGAAAACGAUGAACUUCAUAGCAACAAUGUCACUUUGUGCAACAAAGCAAAUGUGAAGUUCACAUACAAGCUUUGAAAAAUGCACUUAUAUUAGUCAGUGGCAGCAACCGCUCGGAAAUUGAAAGAGGUUUCUGGCUAAAGUCUGGUUUCAAAUGGCCUCCCAUAGUGCGAGCGCGCCCCCUCGGAAGCAGACAAAUCAUUAUUUAUUAAACACCAGACCAUUCCGGUUGUCCCUGCGGAUGGUUGUUUACACGGAGUUGCCGUGGUUACACGUAUGUGUGCCUUCUGGCUUUCAGCCCUUCCACUUUGUCAGGGGCUUUGCACAAGAGCGAUGUAUGACCUAGAUGCAUUUAGCAUGUACAGAGGGAGGCACACACACACACGGGAUACAAAGAAAUAUGGGGACAGAAAUUGCCAAUUGCAAAUUGUGACGUGAAGGCAAACGACAAAAGAAUAAAUAGAUGGUGUGCGUGUAUGUUUAUUUUUCCUUUGUGAGCCAAUAUGAGUGAGUGAGGUGUUGUAUUUUCAUCUCCACGGCAACCUCAUUUUAAGCACACCAAUCACAAAGGGGGUUGAUUUGUUUGCGUUUGCUCAAAAAUAGGCCAGGCAUACACACACACGCGCACACACUACCAUUGUAACGCAAGAG